AUGUCAAACCCAGUUAACAACCAGAACACGCCAUUCAAUCCACCAGAUGGAGGUUACGGAUGGGUUAUUGUGUUCGCUGUUUUCCUGAAUAGUGUUGUUUUUGGAGGUUUCGUUCAUUCAUCUGGCGUGCUUUAUGUAGCAUUAUUAGAGACGUUUAAUGCUUCCAAAGCGGAAACAGGUUUUAUAUAUUGGAUAGCAAUAUUCCCUGCAUCUGCAAUGAUUGGUAAAUAUUUCUGCGAAAAAAUGAAAAUAGCAGCUGGAAUAGCUAUGUCAGGAGUUGGUGCAGGACAGUGUAUAUUCCCUAUUCUAACGCAGGUGAACCGUGCCAGGGAUAUUGGAAUUCCUAGCUUUAAAAGUGCCAGUUUAACUACACUAAUGGGUAUGACCCAGUUAGUUUGUAGAAUAGUUUGGGGAGUUGGAGGACAUUUCUUCAAGGUCAAACCUUAUAUAUUGUAUGGUAUUGGUAUGUCAAUGUGUGGUAUUAUAUCAAUUAUUAGUGUCCACUUAAGAACGUAUGAAGGUUGGAUGCGUGAUGUUCUUGGAGAUUAUGAUGCCGUUUUUUAUAUCACAGGGACAAUUUAUAAUGUGUCUGCGAUUUUUGCCUUUCUUAUGCCAGUUGUGGAUAACUACAAUAAAAAACAUAAGGGAGGCAACUCUUCUUAA